ACAUAAGUCUAAAGUCCUCCCUCUCUCUCUCUCCCCCAAUGGCUUUCCGGAAUGCACUAGUAAGGCGCUUCUUCGACGGUUACAGAGCAGCGUCGCCGGCGGUGACUCUGGAGAACUCUCCGGGCCCCUUUCCCUCACUUCAGGCCCUGACUUCCCUAGUUCCCGCCAAAACCGGCUUCUGCCGCGAGUUCCUGACCUCGCCGGAAUCCACUGACAGAGGAAUUCUGCGGCGGGCGCCGAACCGGUCUUCCAGAGCGCUGCCGGAGCUUCUAUCCCUCCCCACCGGCGACAAGCUGAGGGAGAAGCUCCGAGGCGACGGAGUCGCCGUAGAUCUCCGCCUGCCCGAAGGGCCCUCACCAACGUCGGCGGCGGCGGCGGCCAGAGGCGAGGCGUACGGGCUGACCGUUCGGGAUGCGAGGAAGAUCCUGAGGUUUUAUCAGGUGGAGAAGGUGAAGGCGAGGCUGAGGGGGAUGCCGGAGAGCUCGAUUUCGUAUGGCGAGUUCGUGAGGAUCUGCGUGGAGGAGUGCAAGGAGGAAGGUCGAGGGAUGGAGGUGGCGAAGACGAUGGACGAGUCCGGGAACGUCAUCGUCUUCGGAAACGUGGUUCUUCUCAGCCCGGAGCAGGUGGCCGAGUCGAUGCAGAGCCUGAUCUCCGGAUCCAUACCCGUCCCAAACGACCCGAGGCGAGAGGAGCUGCAGCAGAUGGAGGCCCGAAAGGCCGCGAUCGACGUGAGGGCCCGGGGGCAGGUCCGGGCCGAGCUUUACUGCGGGCUGGGCUUGACGAUGGUCCAGACCCUCGCGUUCAUGAGGCUCACGUUCUGGGAGCUGAGCUGGGACGUGAUGGAGCCCAUUUGCUUCUUCGCCGCGUCGCUCCACUUCGUGGCCGCGUACGCCUUCUUCCUCAGGACGUCCCGCGAGCCAUCCUUCGAAGGUUUCUUCAGGCGCCGGUUCGAGACGAAGCAGCAGAAGCUCUUCGAGGCCUGCGGCUUUGACGUCCAAAGGUAUCGCGAGCUUAGGGCGUGGUUCGGGCCUAAGACUUCGGGUAACAUUAGCCCAAUAGGUUACUGAAUUCGACGAGUCUAAGGCCCAAGGGGGGAGAAUUGGAGAACUGGGCCACCCGAAAAAAUGAGUUGUACAGGGAAGGGGAGAGUGUGUACUUUCAUAGUCUGCAAAUUGUUCAGUGAGCUGAUGGCCUCUAAUUAGGUUACUUUUGCUCAUGUUGUAAAUAUUAGAGCGUCAUCUUAAUACAUGACAGUGCGACGCAUUGAUCGUCGUCAUGCAUUUAUUUUAA